AUGGCCUUUAAUGACUUCAACAAUUCAAAUAUCCCAGUCGGAUUGGCCAAUCUUUCCAUGCUAAAACAUCUUAACCUCUCCAAUUCAUCAUUUUCUGGCCAAAUUCCAUCACAAAUUUCUGGACUGUCCAAUCUGGUUUCUCUUGAUCUAUCUUUCAAUAUUGAUUCAUCUUACCAAAGGUUGUUGAAACUCACAAGUCCCAAUUUCAGCAGCCUACUUCCAAACUUAACCCGCAUUGAAAAACUUCAUCUCAGUUAUGUUGACAUGUCAUCCACAGUUCCCUCAGUCUUAAACAAUUUAUCUUCUUUGACCUCUCUCCAUCUUGAUGAUUGUGGAUUGCUUGGUGAAUUCCCACCAGGCAUUUUCCAGCUACCAAAUCUGAAGUUUCUUUCUGUGCAGGGCAACGAGUAUCUCACAGGCCAUUUGCCCAACUUCGAACGGAACAGCACCCUUGAAGCUAUACAUCUCGGAGAGACGAGUUUCUCUGGCGAGUUACCAACUUCAAUUGGAAACCUCAAUUCCCUGAAUGAAUUGGAAAUCUGGAGCUGCAAUUUCUCUGGGCUUCUUCCAUUUUCACUUGGUAGCAUUAGCCAUCUUAAGGUUCUCGAUCUUACAAACAACAGUUUUAGAGGCCAGGUCCCUUCUUCAUUGGAAAACCUUUCCCAAUUGACUUACUUGUCACUUUGUCAAAACAAUUUCAGUGGCAGUAACUUUCCUAGGUUUGGUGAGUUGAACAAACUCAAGUAUUUGAUCAUUUGCAACUUCAAUUUAAAUAGUCAGAUUCCUUAUCUUGCCAACUUGACCCAGCUUGGUUUUUUACGCCUUUCAUCCAAUCAAUUAACUGGUCAAAUCCCAUCUUGGCUUAUGAACCUUACCCAAUUGAUCCAUCUAGACCUUUCAUUUAAUAAGCUGCAUGGUCCUAUUCCAAGCUCAGUCAUUCAACUCAAAAAUCUUGAAUUUCUUCACCUUUUCCGAAAUCAUUUGAGCGGAACAGUGGAGCUGGACAUGUUUGCUAAGCUUAUAAGAAAGUACAGAAACUUUGAAGGAGAAAUGGAGAAAUGA